AUGGCAUUGAUAUUAUUAACAUUCCUAAUUAUAAUCUCCCCAUUAAAUUUAAUUAAUGGACAGAUUAGUUCAUCAUCAUGCACAUCCUCUAUGAUUAGCAGCAGUUUUACUCCUUGUGCUAACAUAAUUACAGGAAGUACUAAUAAUGGUUUAGUACCUUCAAGUACUUGUUGUGAAUCAUUAAGAUUUUUGAUUAGUACUAAUAUGGAUUGUGCUUGUUUUGUGAUGUCUUCCAAUUCUCCUUUUUAUCAAGUUCUUGCUAUGUCUCUUACACAAGCAUGUAAUAUUAUUAAUGGAGGUUCUGUUCAGUGCAAAGGUGUAAAUUCUCCAUUGUCAGCUCCAAGUGCUCCAGCUCCCUUAAGCCCUCAAGAUUCAAAAACUUUGGAUGUGGAUGACAAACACAUAUAUGAGAACCUGCAGUUGGCAGAGGCAGGGGAACUGGCACCAUCAUCAGCACCGAUAGAAGCAGAAGCGCCGUCUAGAACUUCAAGAAUUAUACCAGUUUUGACUCCUCUUCCUCAUUCGGCAUCUCCUCUGUCUUAUUAUUCCUUCUCACCUUCUGCAUUAUUCAUAGGAAUGGCAAUAGUAUUGGUUGGUUAA